UCCUCUCCCGAAAAUUUCAGCCCCCCUCCUUUCUCAUCUCGGCUUCUUCUAUAUUUUUAUCCUUCCGGACCCAAACGAAGAUAGAAAGAAGAAGCGGCCAGACCACCCCAAUCCAUUGGCUCUCGAGCCAUGUCGGACCCUACGCUGCUUCCGCCGGGCUUUCGGUUCCACCCGACGGACGAAGAGCUCAUAGUUCACUACCUGAGGAACCAAGCAGCUUCGGUGCCAUGCCCUGUUUCGAUCAUCGCCGAGGUCGAUAUCUACAAGUUUGAUCCAUGGGAGCUUCCUGCUAAGGCGAUGUUUGGUGAUCGAGAGUGGUACUUCUUUAGCCCGAGGGACCGCAAGUACCCGAACGGUAUGCGGCCAAACAGGGCAGCUGCAUCUGGGUAUUGGAAGGCGACCGGGACCGAUAAGCCGAUCCGUAUGAGCAGAGGCAAUGGGAAUAUUGGUGUCAAGAAGGCCUUGGUGUUUUACAAAGGUAGGCCACCUAAGGGACUGAAGACGAAUUGGAUCAUGCAUGAGUACCGCCUUGCUGAAGCUCAGAGCAGCAAUAGCUACAAGCCCACGAGGAUUAGAGACUCUUCCAUGAGGUUGGAUGAUUGGGUCCUUUGCCGAAUCUACAAGAAGAGCAACCAUCUCGAACCGGUGCCGCCUCUAAUCGAUCAAGAACAAGACGACUCGAGCCCCGAAGACAACUACUAUUCAAACCCAACAAACAUCACACAGCAGAACCCUCUAAGGCUGCCCAAGUCUUUCUCUAUAUCUGAAUUUCUUGAAGACUACUCCUCAUUCUCACACCUCCUCGACAACCAGCCUGAAAUGCCAGGAUCAUCAGACCCUGGUUCCCUUAUGGGUCAGCCAAGCUCAAACCAACUCUACGUUAAUAGCAGUGGCAAUAACAACUUAGUUCAGCAGCUUUCCCAAGCAGAGCCCUCUGCUCCAAAUGCUGGGAACUCUUUAAAGCGCCAGAGAAUGUCGGACAUUCACUCAGAGGAGAACAAUGGUCUCUUAAACAACCCUUUAAAGAAACGCAACGAUUCAUUCAUUUACACCAACUUCUCCAACCAGUUUGACGCCCCUCACUGCAGCUUGCUGAACCAGCCAUUAUUCGGUCAGCAAAUAUUGCUGAACUCUCACUUGGGAUUGCACUAAACUCAGGCACAUUACACUUGCAUAAAUCGUGGAUAUUAACUGAACAGAGAAUGGAAAGAACAGAAAGUUCAUUUUGUUAGUGAGAUGGGCCAUUUUUUAUGUAGAAACUGUCUUGUCUCAAGAGGUUAUGGACAGAGAUCCAAUAGGGGGAAUGGAGUGGCAUCAAAGGGAAUGCCCUUAAGAGAGCUUGGUGUUAGAUGGACUUAGCAAAAUCACAAAAUUCUUUAGGAGAAUCUAAGGGGACUUAGAGGAUUGCUUUUGUAGAUAUCUUGUGGUUUGAAAUGGAUGCAUGACUUUUCUUAUAUUUUUUAAAUAAGGGUCAGAGGAUUUUUUUUU